UUGGCGCCAAUUUUUUCUCUUUAACAAAAAAAGUCUGCCCUUGUAUCACACGGUUUAAACUUCUCAAAAUUCCUUUUAAUUUCUCUUAUUAACGUUUAAGUUUUAAGUUUUAAGUUUUUUACCAAUUUGUCAAAAUGUCAUCUUCACCAUCUUCUCGUCGUUCAGCUAGAGUCUAUCAGUUAAUGUCUGAGAGCAGUGAAGGCUCUAGAAGAACUUCACCGCGUAACUCACAAGCAGGUACGCCAUCAAAAAGAUCUCGUGCUUCUAGAGGAACACCAAGUCGUAGUUCAAGAAGGCUAAACCCAGAAGGUGGGGAUGGUUUGGAUGAUAAUAGUACCAUCGGUGGAUUUGAGUCACUUUUGGAUGAACAACCUCCUGCAUCACAAAGAACUCUUGAUGCUGCAUCAGAAAGAGGAUCAGAAUUGGGCUCUAGACGUGGUUUGAAUCUUGGUUACAUCUUGAGUGAUCCAUUCGAAGGUUCUUCACCAUUAAAUUUUGGUUCUAGUGAAGGAAAUAUAAGAUCUUUGAAAAGUCCCUCUCGCAGCCAUGGUUCCUUCAGAAGAGCAGAUAUAGCAACUGAUUCCAGACUUUUACGACAAAUAAACAUCAGCGAUGUGCAUCCUGAUAGAGGCGAUGCAUCCGAAGGGAGUCGUCUUCCUGAUGUGGAUGAUGUGCGAUCUCAAAGCUCGCAAACAGUUAUUGAUCCUCAACUUGUAAUUUGGGGUACGGAUGUUUCCGUUUCUGUUUGUAAAGCAAAAUUCAAACAAUUUAUUCGUUGGGAUGGGCUUGAUAUUGCCUCACUUGAACCUGAUGAAUUAGAUUUGUUAAACUCUGAUGGAAAUGGUGGACGAAUGGAUGUCGAUGCUGAUGCACCAAUCAGGAAAUCUCUUUAUCUUCUGAAAUUAGAAGAUAUUUAUGCACUUGGUGAUUAUCCGUACUUGGAUGUGAAUUGUGCCCAUAUUCAUCAAUUUGAUGCAGACCUGUAUCGCCAAUUGAUAAAUUACCCUCAAGAAGUUAUACCUGCUUUCGAUAUGGCAACAAACGAAUUAUUCUUUGAAAUAUAUCCAGAUGCACAGCUUUCAGACCCAAUCAACAUAAGACCUUAUAAUGUUAUGCAAAAAGAUAAUUUGCGUUCUUUAAAUCCCGAGGAUAUAAAUCAAUUGAAAACCGUUAAUGGUAUGGUAACCAGAAUUUCUAACCUCAUUCCUGAAAUGAAAACAGCAUUCUUUGCCUGCUCUUUAUGUCAAUCAACAAGUUCUGUUGAAGUUGACCGCGGUCGGAUUCAUGAACCUACCUUAUGUCCACAUUGUAACACGAAAUAUUCAUACCAAUUGGUUCAUAACAUGUGUGAAUUUAUUGACAAGCAGCAGAUAAAGUUGCAAGAGUCACCUGAUGAUAUGCCUGCUGGCCAAACUCCGUACACUGCGUUACUGUAUGCUUGUGCUGAUUUGGUUGAUUCUGUCCAACCCGGUGAUCGUGUUACAGUUACAGGAAUAUAUCGGGCUUCUGCGAUUAGAUCGAAUCCUAGACAGCGUAGUGUGAAAGCUAUUUUCAAAUCACAUAUUGAUGUUGUACAUUUUCGUAAGCAUGAUAAAAAUCGUCUUCAUUCUGAUGAUGCUAAAUACAAGUUUACCCCUGAAAGAGUGGACAAAAUUAAACAGCUAUCUCAGCUACCAGACCUUUACGAAAGGUUAGCACAUGCCCUUGCACCGAGUAUUUACGAACACUUAGAUAUCAAAAAAGGUAUUUUACUGCAACUAUUCGGAGGGACUCACAAAGAACCAACUAAUGAUAAUGCAAAGCAAAAACAUUUUCGAUCUGAGAUCAACAUUCUUCUUUGUGGAGACCCAGGUACAAGUAAAUCUCAACUUCUUCAGUAUGUCUAUGGACUUGUUCCAAGAGGUCAAUAUACAAGUGGUAAAGGAUCUUCUGCUGUUGGUUUGACGGCUUAUGUUACAAAAGAUGCAGACACUAAUCAAUUGGUACUUCAAACUGGUGCUUUGGUAUUAUCUGAUGGUGGUAUUUGUUGUAUUGACGAAUUUGACAAAAUGACAGAUUCUACUCGCUCAGUUUUACAUGAAGUUAUGGAACAACAAACCCUUUCAAUUGCCAAAGCUGGAAUUGUUUGUCAACUUAAUGCUCGAACAUCAAUUCUCGCUGCUGCUAAUCCGGUUGAAUCCCAAUGGAAUAAAAACAAAACAAUUAUUGAAAAUAUCCAGCUUCCACAUACGUUAAUGUCCAGGUUUGAUUUAAUAUUUUUACUUCUUGAUCCUCAAGAUGAAAAUUACGAUAGAAGGCUUGCUCGACAUUUAGUUUCACUUUAUUAUCGAUCUCGAGAAGAAGAGGAAGAAGAACAUCUCGAUAUUGGAGUUAUUCGUGAUUAUAUAAGUUACGCUCGAAUGCAUUGUUUCCCUAAAUUAUCCGAUGAAGCCAGAAGUGCCCUUAUUCAUUCUUACGUAGAAAUGCGUAAAGUUGGAAUUGGUAAAGGGAUGGUUAGCGCUUACCCUCGACAACUUGAAGCCUUAAUUCGUUUGGCCGAAGCUCAUGCUAAAGUUAGAUUAUCUAAUGUUGUUACUCUUGCCGAUGUUGAAGAAGCUAAAAGACUCCACAGAGAAGCUAUCAAACAGUCGGCAACUGAUCCAAUAUCCGGUAAAAUUGAUGUUUCCAUCUUGACUACUGGAAUGAGUGCCUCUAUACGAAAGAAACGUGCCGUUAUUGCCAAAACUUUGAAAGAAUUAUUGAUGAGCAAAAGUGUACAUGUUGGAUCAAGUCAAGAUUCACACCAAUUCAGCUCAUCAACUAUUUAUCAAGAACUUAAAUCGGAUUCUGAUGUUUUAAUAACUCGUGAAAUGUUUGAAGAUGCACUUAAAGAUCUUCAAGAUGAAGGUUUCCUUGUUGUUCUUGCUGGUAAAUUCAUCCGACUCACACAUGCAGAAAUUUAACCGGUGUGGAAUCAAACCUUUAUUGAAUGCCUUUCUAUUCAAGUUAUCAAUUUCAUCUAUUUGAUAUAUCAUUCAUGUAUAUCGUGAUUAACUUUUACUAUUGAGAAUGUUUUCAUUUCACACUUUCAAAGUAUAAAAUAUCAUUCGAAAUUUUAAAGUUCACCUUGUAUUUUAAUGUUCUAA